AUGAACCCCCCGUCUCUCGCCGGCACCAUCGCCCUCGCGACCGGGUCCGCGGCCACCCGGUCCAUAAGCGCCCAGCCGAGGCCGAGCCCGAGCCUGGCGCUACCCAACCAGAUGGCUAUCGGCGGCGGCGGCGGCGUGGACUGCGCGGCCGUCGGGGCGGCGGCGGUGCCCGGCUGCGCGCGGUAUUGUUUCACCGACGGCGCGGCGGCUCUGGGCUGCCGCAUGGACGACCUGGGCUGCCAGCGCCAGCAGCAGGCGCGCAUGAUGGCCGCCGCCGAGAGCUGCGUGGCCGACUUUUGCCCCGCCGUCGCGUACCAGAGCGUCAUCGACGGCGUCAUGAACAUGUGCGCCUGCGCAGUCGGUGCCGCUACGGCUCAACCGUCAUCCACCAUGGGCUCGUUCUCGGCCGCCACUGCCGUUUCCAGCCUGACCGUCUCCGUGUCCGGCGUGCCGUCGUCAAUCGCUCCGUCGGUGGUGUCGGCGUCGGCGGCGCCGAGCGAGGCGCCUCCCCCGCCGCGGAGGCCUGGAGUGGACGGCCACCGGCCGCUGGUGGCCACGCCCGCCACCCCGCAGGAGCUCCAGCUGGCUCUCGGCAUCGCCACGACGAGGCCGGCUCUGGCCUGGCGUCAAGUCGCGAGGGCGUGCGCCGCCAGUCGCUCGCAGCGAGUCUCCUAGCGUCGGCCGUCUUGCUCGCUGUGCCAUUCUUGUGGGCGGCGCGCCAUGUCACCUCCCGUGGUCUGAUACGAGGUUGACUGCAUAGUGGCGGAGCACAAGGCGUGCCAAUGAGGCGGCUUCCCAUUGACUCAUCGUGGUCGACUGUGAUCUCGGACGUGAAGUCUGAGAAGGUUGCUUAACGGGCUUAACAAGUGGGGUCGCACUUGGCUCCAGACUCCAGGCCCCAGCCCCAGAAAAUAUAAUCUGGGGAGCCGGGGCAGUAGUGCCGCAGUUUGUGU